CGCCGCAUACUUCAUCAACAAAAUAGACGCGGUGAGUGGGAAUACAUAGACAGUGGCAUACAGGGCAUGCGCACAAUAUCAGAUUUAAGGAACUGAACAUAUAAAAUCGAAAGAAUAUAGAGGGUUUAAUCUGUGCAGUUUUGUACUUUGUGCUGCAUUUGACGCGCAAACUGGGACAACGCACGCAUUUCAAUUCCCAUUUCCAACAGAGAAAAAACGAAAUUAUUUCGUUUUUUAUUUUUUGAUGAAAUAAUAAAAAUAGUUUGCACUUAAGAAAGAAGGAUUAACCACUUUGAAUGGUGAAUGGCAUAGAGCCGCCGGAAUAUUAAAGUGAUUUCGUGAGAAGUGAGAAUAAAUUUCAAAUCAAAUUGAAUUUAGUUCAAUUUCAGUGUGAUUCAGUGACUUUGGUAAAGUAUAACAAUAAAUACCAUUGAAUUUGCGUCUUCGGUCGUGGCUUCAUUUUUCUCAUUAAGAACUCAAAGUGUAUCCCACAAACAUAUAACUUGUCUGCAAUUGAAAAACGAAUCGAGAGAAGAGAAAAAAAAAGACAACAGUCACAUUUUGUGUAUGUGUUUAGUCGGUUUGGUAUUAUUGCGUCUUCUUAUGACAUAAAUACAACCUACCGCUCUAUCCGCUAUAGUGUGUGUGUAUCGUUCGUUCUUUCUCUCUGUCAAACUCAGUCGAUACGUGACAGUGUAUGCAGUGCGGAAUAUACUAUAUUUGAAAAAAAAGGGAUACAUUAUGAACCAAAUAGUACCGUUGUUGUGAGGUUAAAUACACGCUAAUAUAUCUAUAUCUAUAGAGAGAAAGAGUGAGAGUACACAUACAGCUCUCCUUCUCAUUUGACUAUACUUCGUGUUAAGCGCGUGUGUAUGUAAGUCACGCGUAUGACAGUUAAUCGUCGUUGAACGUAGAAUAUGAGAAAUAAAGUUGGUCGGCGAAAGUGUGAAAUGUGGAUUUCGAAUAACAAAGUUUUAAUUGGUGGCGGUAUGAAGAAGCCUCAUGCACGUAAUCCAAAUUUUGAAACCGAAGAAACAAAACUACUGAUUUCAUUAUGGGGUGAUCCAAAAGUGCAAAAAACAUUGAUAACUACACACAAAAAGCAUCCGGUGAUUGCGAAAUUAGCAGAAAGUAUGCGUGAACAUGGAUACCAUCGGUCGCCAGAAGAAAUAAAUACGCGCAUUAAAAAUCUCAAGUGUUUUUACAAUCGCAUUAAAAAAGAUAUGGAAAUGGGAGUCUCAUCAGAGCCACCAAGUUGGAGACAUUUUACGGCAAUGGAUGAGAUUUUAACGCGACCGAUUUUCGGGAAUCGUGUACAACAACCGCAUUUACAAAAUUUACAACAGAAAAACGGCGAUGACGCUGAACCAAAAGAUUUAAGACCCGAAGAUUUAUUGGAAGUUGAAGAGGAGGAAAUGGACGACGACGACGACAUGGACGAUAUGGAUGAUUCAAUUGUGCCCAAAGAAGAACCUAUUGAUAUUGAUGAUAUGGAAGAAAUCGGUGGCGAUGGAGAUAAUGACCGCAAUGACCAAGAAAUCGAUGAUGUCAAUGAUAUUUUUCCGAAAUUAUCAGCAUACUUACAAUUAGCCAGCAAUUCAGCGCUCAAAGGAGCCACAAAUUCGAAUGCGACAAGUAAAUCGCCUUUAUUGCUUGAUAUAAAAACAUCUCCGCCUUCAUCACCAAUAUCGGAACCAGCUUCGCCGAAAAGUCCGACCACACCGUCGGCCACCACAAGUGCUUCAACAACUGCAUCGAACUUAACGGCAACUACCACCGUAUCAAGUAGUGCAACAACUCUUGGCGCCAAUAAAAUUUCUUUGGUACCGACCAACAUUCUAAUGAAACCAUCGGUCAGUGUACAAUCGAGUACGGCUCAAUUCAGUUUCAAGCCACAACAAUUUAUCUGUGCAAAACCAUCGGGAAGUACUGGUACCGUAUUGACUACGACCAGUAAUGGUAUGCCGAUGAAAGUGCUACUGGUAAAUACGUUGCAAAAACCAAACGGUGUCACUUCAGCAAAUACAGUAUCGGUUGCGGCAAAACCAAUCAUUUCGACACCAUUAACAACACGAUCUCUAGUCAAUAUUCAACCAAAGCCGGCGGUUGUUCAAAACAGUACAAACAACAUUGCCCAAACAACAUACCAAACCCGUUCAGCAACGGCUGCAAAUGCUCAAGCAACGAAAACGCAAACAUUGCUUUCAUCGAAUAAAUACUUGUGCUCAGGUUCAUCAAAUACAGCCGAAACGGUAACAAAACGUCAAGUAACAUUCAAACAAAAGACAACGCCAGGUUUUCGAACGUAUCUCAGUCAAUUGGUUCAAAUUCAACGAGAACGUCUUGAAAUUGAACGAGAACGUCUUGACUACGAACGUAAAACCGGCGAUAAAAUUCUUAACAUGAUAACAUCACUGCUGGAUAGCAAAACAAAUACCGACACCAAAGAUGAAACGAAGAAGUAAAUUUAAUAUCAGAUUGAGAUAAGAACAACAACCAGAAUAACAAAUCUAUGCAUUCCAAGUAUUUUCUUUUUUUGAUUUGAAUGUAAAACAAAGACACACCUUCAACGUGCUCACGCUUUCUUAGAACUAGAACAGAAACAAACAAACAGAAAAAAACAAAUAAUAAUAUUGAAAAAAGAAAUGUGAAGAAAGCCGAUUUUUCCCCACUAUCAUUUUGCUUGAAUUUUUCGUUAAUUUAAUACACAAGAUCUCUUCUAUCAAUGCGUGUACGAGUUCAAUCCUUUUUCUUUUCUUCAUGUGUGUAAAAUCUUAGUUUAUGGACGAACACAAUAAUGUUCCAAAAAAAAACAGUUUGAUAUUUUACCAAAAACCAAAUGAAAUCACAUUGAUUGAUACAAAAAUUUGAAAUUUCUGAAAAAAAAAGUAUAAUUUUUUUUGACCAAACAUUAGAAGAGUAUUUAUUUACAAAUUUUGAACUCACACUACUUGUGACUACUUACAAUACAUAAGA